UCAAACUAUGCACUGUCUGGCGGCCACUGUGGCUCACUGCAUUACUAGACCAGGGAAAACAUUCUGACUGCCCAGACCUGAGUUUUACUAAGAGGAAAGGCAGACAUUAAAAAUGAUGUGAUUUUACUUUUGAGAAAAAAACAGAGAGACACUAUUGGAAGACACCAUUAUUCAGACUUGGACACUGAUUUUGUGAUACUGGAUUGCUGAGGGUCAUUAUGCUGCAAUGCCGGGUACUUUGCUUGGUGCUCGGGAUGUGCCUGGUACCCAACAGCCUCUCACAAAGCAGGGAGGAUGAAACAGAAAUGGGCUCCAGAGAACCAUUGGCUGUUUUCUAUUUCAACCGCACAAGAGAACAAGAGAGGGAACCCAGAAAGGCUGUGACUCUCGAGCCCGAGUCUUCUUCAGACCAAUGCUCAAUCACAUUUCACACAACUCGACAGCCCGGCAGCUCCAGCCCGUGCAGUGCCAGGAAAGAUCAGAGGGUGUCCUGGGAGGAGGAGCUUAGCUACCUCAAGAAAAUCGCCCACAGCAACAAGGUCCUUAUGGAGAGCCUGAUCUACACAGUCAGCUCCGAGGUGGGGGAGGAGAGGUACCAGGAAGUCAUUUCAGAAGCCAUCAUGGGGAUCAGGGAGGACAACCUGAAGUUUGACGGGGUGGUGAAGAAAGUUGUGGAUGAGUUUGAAAUGCAGUUUCAAGGGCACCUGGGUGGAACACAGAAGUUCCCCAGUUCCAUCAUCUCAUAUUCAACUAAACGCAUCGCUCUCCAAUCUACUCUCAUCUGCAAAGAGAAUAUAUGUCAUCACCCCUCUCUCCAUCUACCAGGUCCUCCUAUGCCACAGAGUUAAAGAAGAAUAUCUGAUCAUUGAACAAAUGCUACACUCUACAGAGAGAAUCGCGAAGAAACUGGAGAGUGCUACCCAAGACCUCUAUUCCUCACUGACAAAACAUUCAGUCAGAUCUCUCUCCAUCCACAAUUAAAGACAUUUUACCACCUUAUAAGUGCUAGUCAACAUGGUGCACAUUGUUUUUACAUAGUUCCCAUUUAGAAAUACAUACUUCCUUCCACUUUUUUCAAUACAAAUAAUUGACAAUCUUCUGUUCUGUUUGCAUAAUUUUCCCAACAGGCUGAGAUCCAUCAUUCAAUAACUAUUUGGUAUUCUACAAGCAGCUAUGUAGUGUUUUGGUCCUGUAUCAUGAUAUGCACCCCUUUCUUGAUACAGUAUCUCAUGUAAAGGAAGUAUCGUUACCCUACCUUAUUCAAUGUAAUUGCACCAAGAAUUGGCAUAAAGACUGUCUAUAGAGACCACUCUAGUGAAUCUUCACUUUAAAACAACCAGGGCCUGCAGUAUAUCUUGAGAUGUAGAUGAAACACAGGCCAAUUACCCCUUUAUGCAAUUCAUCAUCAUUCACGUGCAUUAUCAUUUGUCCAUUUACUGUAUGUUGAGCAGACUCUAGCUGAUCUGGAAAGAAGCUGUACAGGGAAACACACAACAAACCAGAGGAAUUAAAACAGGAGAACCUCAAGAUAGGAAGAAAUAAAACAAAAGGCUUUUUUUUUUUGGUGAUACCUUUUAAAUAGGGUCAGAUAAAACAUGUAUAAAAAUAUACAUAGACUAUAAAAAUAUACAUAAACUAGCUUUCAUAAAAGACUUUUGUUCAGGUGAGAAAAUUGAAGGUGAAGAAAAUUCCUCUCACAGCCUACGACAUUUGAAUUCAACUCAAAACAUUGUACACAUAUUUCAGCUGAUGCUAUUAAAAAUGUAUCACUAACAAGAACCUUGUUCAUACAUACAUACAUACAUAUAUACAGUAUUGAUAGAUAGAUGGAAAUAAAGAGAGUUAAGCUUUUUUAACCUAGUGCAGCUAUAUAUUGCAGCUUUAACAGAUUUUUAGGCAGUAGGAAUACAUGUCAGCUUUAAAUAGGUACUGUAGUGCACGGCAGGCAUCAUAACAAAAUGCAACAGUAAUAGUCACCUAGAAAUUUCCUGUUAACGAGAGCACAGCUGGUGCUUACAUAGAAAUGAAAGCUGUCUAUAUGAUGUUUUGCUGUAUGCUUUUCAAACCCGAUUGAGAUAUAGAAAGAUGACGGAAGAAUAUUCAAGACAGAAACAUUAAAAAGUUGUUGGUUAUCCCUUGGUCCCCUCUAUUUUCACCUGGAAAAAAAACUUGGUUGUAUUUCUGGAAGGAGAAUCCGCCCGCUAAUCAACAUGUCAUAUCCAAGCACCAUAAAAACUCUGUGUGGCUUUCAUUCGUGUUGCUUCUUUUGUUUGGCCUCCUCCUCCCCUGCCACCACCUGCAUCGUGCUUUGUCAAUGGGGGGGAGGCGGUCCUACGAGCCACUUCCUACCCUCGGCACUAGACUGCAUGAUGUCAUCAUGUAUUCGCUAGUCGGCCAGCAUAGCGGCUAGCUGUCAGCACCCACGGACAGGGUCUCUGUCCAAAUUCAUCUUCCGUCAUUAAUUUGUCUGUAUAAUUGCAAUUUAAAUCAUCCACAUUGCGGAUUCUCCGUCCUGAACUUUUGAAAACUGUCUAAAACCGUUCACAAUCUUUUCUGUGAAUUACUAAGGGUGUACUCCAACUAAUAGUUUCUCAAGUUCUAAAAUGUCUGUAGCGAUGGAGUACAGAAAUGGGUGCUGAUAUGAAAUGAGACAAGUUCAAACGCAUAUUAUUCCAGGGUGAUGUGUAGUGAAGUCUUGAAACACCCCCAUUGUUUAUUGACUACAGGAAUGUAUAUAAGCAAAUACCCUUGCUGGUAUAUAUGUACUGUUAAGAAUGGAAAUCAUUUUGUACAGAAAAUAUUUUUGCCAAAUGUGAAUGAAAAGCUUUUCCAUUCAUUUAUUAUGCUAUAACCACUUUUUUUCUUUCUCUAAAAAUAUGCAAUUAAACUAAAAUCUGUUACAUAUGAGACCAAUCAUGUAAAACAUAGAAGAAGACAAAUAGACAUUUUGGCUAAUGCCUUUCUAGGUGUUUCGCCAUACAAUUCACAUCAAGAAGCUACAAACAGUGGACUGCAUUUGGUCUAGGUGUUUUUUAGUGCCUUUUCGAUUAUUGUUUCAUAGUUUCCUUUUUUACUCGGUAUUGCCAGAUUCUUCAUUGCUUUCCAGUCAGUAGUGUUCUUCCAGAAGUCUAAACACAGCUGGUAAUGAAUUGGCAUUUCAAGGGCUGGAAGCAAAACUGCAAACCAUAUGUUUCAAAGACGAAAGUCUUACCAUUCAUCUAAAGAGCAAGCUGUGUAAUCAAGAGGUAAGUGUCAGUAUUUUUAACUCCUCAGUCGCGAGGAGGAGAUCCAUUUUCUCUGUGUUGCUUUGGUCCUGCAAAUAGAGUAAGCAAAACAAAUAUCAAAGCCAACCCCAGUCACUAUCUCAAACUUAGCAGAGCUGCCAAGACCAGAGGAUAGAUUCAGGACAGAGGGUAGGAGGCACUUUUUUCACACAGUGGUGUGUGUGGACAUGUAGCUCUAUCUGAUUCACUGUGAUUCCACACGAGCAAUCUGGAUCAAUUCCUGGAUCAAUUAGCCAUUAGGAACUGGAUAAGCAACAAUGGGCCAAAUGCCCUCCUCUCAUUCGUAACUUUUAUUAUGUUCUUAUGUAAAAAUGUGAACUACAAAAAAUAAAUAUUAACUUGACAGUAACUUACCAAGAUAAUUAUCUUGCCUUUUGACAGAUACUAUUUAUUCAUUUUAAUUUAAAAACUGGAUCUUUCUUUUAUUCUGGUUUCUUGGAAACAAAAACAACAACAACAAAAAAUGUAUGAACUAAUCCAUUUAAACCCAAACCAAGAUAUACUAUCUGCCUAGCAAUAAUAAUAAAAAAAUUAAAAAUUGUUUAACAAAAUUUGCAGGCACUAUUUUUGUAAAAGGAGAAAAACACCCAUUUAAAUUACAACACUUCAAUUCAAGGGUUCCUGGGUGCAAGGAGUACUGUGCUUAUAGACAAUGUUUUUUAGGAACUUCAAACUGCUGCUUUCCUCUGUGAAAGUGGAUGAAGCUUUCUAACAUUUGGAAAUAUUGGAAUAAUUAUAUUUGUUUCUUAAUCCAAGCACUGUGCACUGGUCAUUUCCCAUUAGCUCUUGCGCCCUCUAGCUGCUAUUAACAGUAUCAUAUACAAAAGCAUGAGAUUCACUGAUAGCAGCAACAGACCACAUCUGUUUUCAUGCAACAUCAAACCCUCAAUCAUAAUAUAUAAGAAACGAAUCCAAGUAGACAACACACUGAUUAAAAUAUUAACUGAAGUGUUCGUCAACUUGAAAU